AGCAAAUAAUAAUAACUAACAAGCAUGUCUACCUCCCUUGCUCGUACUAUCAAAAACGUCUACAAAUCCGGGAUCAAGAGAGCCGCCUGGCAAAUAGCAUUUCUCAAUGAUACCAAACCUGGUGGAACUCUUGUUGGAACCGACGAUCAUGGUAACAAGUACUACGAAACUGAUGCACCUGAAAUCCACUUAAGAACCAGAUGGGUUGAAUACAAUGCCACCUUUCUCAGUAUUGACAUCUCUGCGGCCGAACCGGGAUGGCACUACUGGUUAGGCUACGGUACCAACGUGUCUCCCAACAAUUUACCCGAAGAUCAAAAAGCCGUAAGAGCUUACCCCAUGCCAGAGAAACAUAAAAUCAAUUUGACUGGUACUCGUGGAGCCUACGUUCCUUACAACACUGCCAAACCCAAGCACGAAGCCUGGACGCCGAUAGUGAGUGAGAGAUCUUGAAUUCACAAGCUGAAACACAUCCACACACAUCAUAAGUUGCAAAACAUAAAAGAAAAAAAUCCAUAAAACCUUUUUGGUACCCCUUCAGGUGCCUCUAUUAGUUGAAGAAAUACAUAUAAACAUAGAAGCAUUCUAUUU